AUGGCGGAACCUAUCCCGUCUCCCAGAGGAUAUCCUAUUAUUGGAAAUGCUCUCGAUAUUGAUGCGGAAUAUCCUAUGAUGAGCCUUUCGAACCUGGCUAAUAGAUAUGGAGAGAUAUUCAAGCUGACCCUGGGCGGGCACGAAAGAGUCUUUAUCUGCCGGCGAGAGCUUUUCAACGAGCUAAUGGACGAAAAACGAUUUGAGAAAGCCGUCACCGGGGCUCUUUUACACAUUCGAAGCGCUGUCCAUGACGGCCUAUUCACUGCCUUCCCGGGGGAGCACAAUUGGGGUGUGGCGCAUCGAGCAUUAAUGCCGGCGUUCGGGCCCAUAUCCAUUCGUGACAUGUACGAUGAGAUGUAUGAUAUUGCCACCCAGCUGGUACUGAAAUGGGCCCGCUAUGGUCCAGAGCAUGAUAUCAAAGUCACGGAUGACUUUACUCGGUUAACCCUGGACUCCAUUGCUUUGUGUGCGAUGGGGACUCGAUUCAAUUCGUUUUACACGGAAGAAAUGCAUCCGUUUGUCAAUGCAAUGGUCGGGGUGUUGACUGGUGCCGGGGAGCGUGCACGACGACCACCACUCCCUAGCUACUUCUACCAAGCCGCGGACAAGAAAUUUCAGGACAACGUGGACCUGAUGCUCAAGAUUUCGACCGAUCUCGUCAAGCAUCGUCGCGAGAAUCCCACCGACAAGAAAGAUCUCCUGAAUGCGAUGCUGUACAACAAAGAUCCUCAGACAGGCGAGAAUCUGAGCAACGAGAGUAUCGCUCACAACAUGAUCACGUUUCUCAUCGCAGGCCAUGAGACCACCUCGGGGCUUCUUUCCUUUGUAUUCUAUGAGCUUCUGAAGAACCCGGAAGCUUACCAACGAGCCCAAAAGGAGGUCAACACAGUGAUUGGAGACGAUACAGUUACGGUACAGCACCUCUCCAAACUGGAAUACCUCAACGCCGUCUUGAGGGAAACAUUACGGCUUCACCCUCCUGCACCAGCAUUCACGGUCAGGUCGAAGCAGGAUGAAGUGAUCGGGGGAAAGUACCACGUCACAAAGGAUAUGGCAUUGGUCUGUUUCUUGAUGGCUAUCCACAAGGAUCCUGCGGUGUAUGGCGAGGACGCCGAGCAGUUCCGCCCAGAGAGAAUGCUGAAUGAGGCAUUCAGCAAACUUGCUCCCAACGCGUGGAAACCAUUCGGGAAUGGCUCGCGCGCAUGCAUUGGUCGACCAUUUGCGUGGCAGGAGGCCCUGUUGGCUCUGGCCAUGUUGCUCCAGAACUUCGACUUCAGCAUGUCGGAUCCCACUUAUCAGCUUGUGCUUCAAUCUACAUUGACUGUCAAGCCAAAGGGUUUUUUUAUGCGCGCGAAAGCUCGGCGACCCGACAUCGAAACCAGGUUUGUUGGACGGUCGAUCCCCAGAGAUACAGCUAAGCACCAGCCAUCGCCAGCGCCGGCAAGCGGAAAUUCGGAUCAUACAGACUCGAAAUUACCAAUACUCUCAAUCUUUUACGGGUCCAACACUGGAACCUGUGAGGCUAUGGCGAACUCUUUGGCGUCCUCUGCCGCUUCCCACGGCUUCCAGGCCAAAGUUGAAAUCUUAAAUAAGGCGGUGGAUGCGUUACCCAAGAAAGGCCCAGUGGUGAUCAUCACCUCAAGCUACGAAGGAGAGCCACCGGACAACGCAGCGCAUUUUGUCUCUUGGCUAGAAGGGUUACAAGGCACAGAAGCCAGCGGAGUCAAAUAUGCCGUGUUUGGAUGUGGAAAUCGUGACUGGCAAAACACCUACCACAGGAUCCCCAAGCUGGUGGACGCCACCCUUUCCGAAAGAGGCGCUGAGCGUUUGACGGCUAGAGGAGCUGGCGACGCAAAUGAUGCUAUGUUGUUCGAUACGUAUGAUACAUGGAAAGACGAGCAGUUGUGGCCUGCUGUUGCCAAAGCUUUCCGGGUCGCACCAGAGGGUGGAGAAGACCCUCGGUCCUCCGGACUCGACAUUCAGAUAUCUGCUGACAGCAGAGCGAGUUUCCUGCGGCAGGAUCUCAAACAAGGUCUGGUGCUCACGACAAGACUUUUGACUGCGCCAAACGGACCUGAGAAGCGACACCUCGAGAUUCAGUUGCCUUCAGGAAUGUCAUACAGGGCUGGAGACUACCUGGCAGUCCUCCCCUUCAAUCCGACAAGAAAUGUGCGGAGAUGCCUUGCAAGAUUCGGUCUUCCUUGGGAUGCCAUGAUCACCAUCAAGCCCGAAACUCACACAGCGCUCCCUUCGGGGAGACCUCUGCCGCUUUUUGAAGUCCUGUCGGCCCUCGUCGAACUGUCGCAGCCAGCGACAUCGAAGCAAUUGAAGCAGGUGGCUGCAACAAUUGCAGAACCUGCCGCGAGGGAAAGCUUGGAGAGGCUCGCGAGCGACGCCUUCAAGAAAGAGAUCUCGGACAAGAACCAGUCCCUUCUCGACAUCCUGGAGAGAUAUCCCAACGCACAAUUCUCGCUCGGACAAUUUCUGGAGGCACUCCCAUUGAUGCGAAUCCGACAGUACAGUAUUUCGUCCUCCCCUCUGGAUGACCCGUCCAAGUGUACAAUCACCUACUCGGUUCUCGAUGCUCCGACAAGGGGUGGAGAUCCAGACAAGGACCGUUUCUUGGGAGUCUGCAGCAAUUACCUCCGAUCGCGUGCACCAGGCGACUGGAUCCACGUUGCGGUGCGCCCGAGUCACGCAGGCUUCCAUCUCCCUCUUGAGGACGUCACUCCGGUGCUGAUGGUUUGCGCCGGCACGGGCCUGGCGCCCUUUAGAGCGUUUGUCCAAGAGCGCGCGCUCAAGAUCAAGUCUGGGAAAGAGCUUGGCCCCGCACUGCUGUUUUACGGCUGCGGAUCGCCCGAUCGGGACGAGCUCUACAAGAGCGAAUUCGCCGCGUGGGAAGCGCAAGGCGCGGUGAAAGUGCGCCACGCAUAUUCACGAGCACCGGACCAGAGCUUCGGUUGUCGCCAUGUCCAGGACAGGAUCUGGCACGACAGAAGCGAGGCAACGGAGCUCUUUAUACGGAAUGCGCGGAUUUAUAUGUGUGGCGCCGGUGCCGUGGGAACCGAAGUCAACAAAGUCAUGGCCAAGAUCUUCAUGGGCGCCAAGGGUGUCUCGCAGGAGGCGGCUGAAGCAUGGGUUAACGGCUUGAAGGGUGUUCGGUACUGGGCUGACGUGUUUGCUUGA